AUGCUUGACGGCCAGGCUGCUGGUAGAAACUCUGCAGGGUAUCAGUUUCGGCUUCGAGAACAACGAUUUAAGGUUUGUCAAAUAUCCCAUUGUAGGCUGCAGACAGCCGGGUCGUGUCUCAAUUCCACAGAAGAUUUGCUGCUCACAGCUUGUCCAUGGGAUCCUCGCAUUGAGGGAGAAUUCUUCCACCAGACUACCACGAAAAUCAGCAUGACCAAGAUUUCAGACUUCAUUACAGACAUUAAGAAGCUGAGAGACCUGAAUCCCUCUGGUCUGUGUGGAGUGGAGCUCUACAAUGGAAUUCUCGUGCGCUUUGUGAAGGCUUCCAGUGCUUAUUUAGGAGUAAAUGAGGAUUCCGUGGACUUGGAUUUCACAUAUUAUCGAUCUAAGGACCCCAUGGUUCCUAGACUCGACGAGGACAUGCUUGAAAAGAUUGAGCAGAUGGGUCUGUCUAUGUAUGGAGGCACUUCCCACUGGGGUAAGAACCGCAACAUUGCAUUUCAGGGGGUGUUAAAGAAGUAUAAGAAAGGUGGAGAGUUUUUGAAAGCUAUGAAAAAGUAUGAUCCAGAGGGAUUGUUGUCGAAUGAGUGGACUGAUGGAAUGCUGGGAAUAGGAAAGGAUGGGGUAGUUAUAGACAAGGAUGGUUGUGCUUUGGAAGGUUUGUAUUUAUGUACACAAGACAGGCACUGUGCUCCUCACAAAGGUUAUUUUUGUAGGGCAGGAAGAGUGUACAUCGAUGCUACAGUCUCUAGAUAUGAAGGAUAG